GCGGGUGUUUAUACCCGCUCUGUUGUCUUCACGUGAAUAUCUCCUAUACAGGCUGACGGAUUUUCCCUGACGACAAUUAUUUUGGAUUUGUCUUAUUUCAAAUGUCUGGUGGUAGCGCAUCCGGUCUGACCACUGAGGAUUCUGAUACUACGGAUGACGAGGAUUCUGAAUCAUCGACCGUAGCAACAUGUACUACUGAACAAACUGCAAGAAAGUCCUAUCAAGAUUUGGCGGAUAAAGUGGAGAAGAAACUUUUGACUAUACGUAAUCCCGAUCAUUGGGCCACUGGCGAUGGCUUUGAUGAUCUCCCGGCGGAGGCCUUGGACCCAGAGGACGAACCAUACAAAAAGACCCACAUUUCCGCCUUGCCACACGAAUUGCUGCUGCGAAUCUUUCGGUGGGCCGUUGGCAGUCAUUUGGAUACAAGAAUUUUGGGGAGGCUAGCUCGUGUGUGUCGUGGUUUUUACCUGCUGGCAUGUGAUUCGUCUAUCUGGCGAUCUAUUUGUCUUCGAUUGUGGCCCCGUCUGCUCGACCACCAUUCUCACGGGGUGAGGGGUGAACAAUUGACUGCUGCGGUCCCACUUCACUACGGCUACAAAGACUGGCGUGACAUGGCUAUUCACAGACCACAUGUUUUGUUGGAUGGAUGCUACCUCUGUCGCAUCACAUACGUCCGCCCUGGAGAAGCGUUGUCUGGCAUUUAUCGUCCAAUGCAUCUAGUUGUCUACUAUCGAGGGAUUCGUUUUUACCCAGAUGGCCAUGUGAAUAUGCUCACGUCCUAUCACGCACCGAACGCUGUUGUUGCCGCAUUGGGAAAACCGUUCGCCAUAACCCAGCGUGAUGCGAGCGCUUUGCCCACCGGUACGGAGGCUGAUAGUUCGGGACUAGUUCAAGACUCUCUGAGCGCUUCGGGUGGUGGACUAUUGCAAGGCACCUAUGUCCUCGUGGAUCCGGACCUUAUUGUCUGUACACUCACUCUUCAAAGAGAAACUACAUCCUUUUCGUCGACGAAGACAAGCUCAACUGUUCAGUUCCGAACAACAGGUCACCGCUUCAAGCUUUCCAGUUCGAAAAAACGGUUGCAUAAUGUUUUACACUGGGACUCGUACACAAUCCGUCAAUUGAACACUACCACGCAAACAGAUCAACUGAUAACGUUGAACGUCUUCUCAGACCAGUUCCCAGAAUGUCGGUUCUCUCCGGUCCGCAGCUACGUGUCCACCGUUGCUCCCGAACCGCUUUGACCGCAAUGUAUAUGAUCCUUGAUCAUCGUUCCCUCCUAGUCUCUCAAGCUAUCAAUCACUGCACAUAGAAUGCCCGUCAUCUGUGAUGAACCCCCAGUUCACUUUUAUCACUCUGCUUUUCCCAUCCCUGCUAUUUUCUUCCUAUCCCACCCUUCUACACUCACUGAUUGUGAGCAUAUUUUAUCGGUUCGGUCGUGCAGUGCUACACUACGUGAACUACUACUCUAGUGUCUUCUUGGGCAGCACUUCUCUUCAUAUUCUCACUGAGUCGAAAAUACACCGCAUCUUUUCACGUGUUACUAUUUAUUUUUGACGAACGUUUGUCGUGAGUGCGUUUGUUACGGAGCU